AUGCCUUUUCAUGUCAAAAACAUACUCUCCUAUACCAUCCUUACUUUCUUCCAGAAGGCAGCACUGAAUGUCAGAGACAAUGUCGGGGAAGAGGUGGACGCGGAGCAGCUGAUCCAGGAGGCCUGUCGGAGCUGCCUGGAGCAGUUUCCAGAUGAAGAAACUACGGCUCAGAACAAGCAAGAAUUAGAACAGCUGAGGACUCUCUCUGCAAGUGGUGACUUCACUCUUCAAGUCACAGCCCCUUUUGGUACCGUGGGGCCUAUCUGCCUUCCUGCCUCAAGGGGUGUGCUCAGCAGAAAUGACAUCAAGUCUAAAAAUGUCUGUGUUCCCAAAAUAGAAGUGAACCUGUUUAUAUCUGGAAUUACGAACUGUUCUAAAAGUGCUAUGAGCAUAGGAGGCAAUGAAGAGAGUACACUAGAAGGUACAGAGCCCAGAGGCAAAAGGGAGCGGAGUACAUCCAAGGGACAGAAAGAAGCCAGAGUUGCUGGUUUUCAGAGGGUGGAGAGAAUGAUACUUGGUGAGGUUGGAAAGCCCUUCCAGUAUGCAGCUGACCCCCAGGACAAGCACUGGCUGGCUGAGCAGCAUCACAUGCGGGCAACAGGGGGGAAGAUGGCCUACCUCCUCAUCGAGGAGGACAUCCGGGACCUCGCAGCCAGUGAUGACUACAGAGGAUGUCUGGACCUGAAGUUGGAGGAACUGAAAUCCUUUGUGCUACCCUCCUGGAUGGUCGAGAAGAUGCGAAAGUACAUGGAGACACUACGGACAGAGAACGAGCAUCGUGCUGUUGAAGCACUUCCACAGACCUGACCAAAGCCAAGUCCCCUGGCUACACUUGGCAGCCCUCUUCCAAGGCCCUGUCACCCACUGAGGCCACUGCUGGGACUGCUUCUGGAUGGAUCUCAGCGGCAUUAAGCUGUGCCUGGGCUAGUCUGUAGUGACUCACUACAGAGCACCCCCAGACUGGCACGUGGUUCUAUAUUUGUAAAGUUAUCGGGUUAAAAAGCAAUUAAACAGUUUGUAAUAAACACA